AUGCAUCUUUUACAAAUUGCUUUCGUGCAUCUUUAAUCAAUUGUUGCAAAUGAUUCUUUUAGGCCUCUGAUGAUUGGUACUUCUGGUAUGGCUCCCUCCUACCCAAAGUAUAGUCGGCCCAUCACUAUGGACAGCAGUCAGGAUGGUACAGCUGUACACGGUAUUCCGAAAUGUGAAACCUGUGAGAAAAGCAGUGUUUAUCCAGGAGGUGUUAUCAUCUCUGAAAUCACACACAUGAUUGGGAGUCCCGAUCUGCCUGGUGAAGAACAAAGUUUUGUGACUGGAAAGCUGAAUUCUGGUGAAACACUGUUCAGCACAGAUACAGAUAAUCUAGUUGCCACUUCAAGCACAGCAUCUUCACCGUUUGCAUCACACAAUCUGUAUGACGAUCUCCUGGAUGAAAACUGCCAAACGACUGCUGAAGAAAGUCCUGACCAAAGUGAAAUAAUUGAUCAUUUGGAUAUGAUUGACAACAGUUUGGCUCAAAUACAUUCCUCGCUCAGCAACACACGUUUAAACACAAAUUUGGAUUUACUGAAAGAUCUAUUCAACCCAUCAACUGGAGGAUUAAUAACAUCAUAUCCUGAAGUAGGACUGGAUACCUGCAAGAAGGCGAGUGGACAAAAAUGCACAAGUGUAGAAGAGGAACAAGAUUACACAGAUUUACAGACUAAACGAGGUGAAGUUGAAAGGAGAGAUUGCAACAUUCUGCCUCUCUCAAAGGAGGAUGUGAAGGGGGCAGAUGAGACAGAUAUGUUGCCAACUUUGUUGGAACUGGCAGAAGAGGCCAGUGAUACCUUUUUUCCCAGUGACAUCUCAAUUUUUGACACUGAUGCUUUAAACCAAAGAUCCAAGCUGAUCUGCAGCUAAAUGACACCUAAUCAUUCACUAACAUGGGUGAAAUCCAUUGAAAUGAACAGCAGCUAUCUAGGCAGUGUGUUCUUUUAGCUUGGGCUUAUUGAGCAUAGCAUUGUAAUGUUUUCCAGCCCUUCAGAAAGCAGAAGUAUUUACAACCAGUAGCCUAAAAGUGACCUUGCAUUUUCUUUUUCCCUUUUUGUUGCAACUUAACCUAAUUAGAAAAUAGACCAGAAUGUAAAAAGGGCAAGACUGCAUUAACCUAGCAGACUAGCAAAUUUCUGUAACACAUACUUCUCCUCCAACAUACUUUUAACCAAUCUGUUACUAAAUUCUGGCAAGGACUUUGGUAACCUGCAGGUUUGGUUGACUGACAUAUAUCAUUCACAGCCAGGUAAUGCAAUCUAGUACAAUGCUGAUACAGUGGAGAAUUGUUUAGGAAUUGGAAGAGGGCAGGCACUAUGUUAGAUAGAAAGUUAACUUACUUAUAUUUGGUGUCCUUUCCAUUGAAACUGCUGGUUUUGAUUGGAUGCCAAAUUGGCUUUUGUUGCUGUGCAUUCUUGCGAGAUGCAUAAGUAAAGUCUAAUGUGUGUGAAAUAGACUGUAUAAAUUUUCCACCAAACAGUCCAUCAGCAUAGAAAUCAUUGACUAUUUGAUUGUCCAAGUCCAUACUCAUCUGUACUACCUGCACUUCUGUUCCUGAUCUAAUAUUUAUUCAGCUUUUUCUUCCGGAAAGGCUUUCAUUCCUGCUUCUUUUUGUCAUUGUUUUCUCCAUUGCAUUAUAAUAAGGUGCCUGUGAAUUCUUGUUUUUAUGAGUGGAAUAUGAUAUGCCUUAAACAUGAUUUGGAAUAGUGAACAAAAAGAAAGGAAUGAAAUUCUAAAGUAAAAAGAAAUUGCUGGAACUAUCCAGCAAGUUCAUCACUGGCAGUGUAAAUAAUCUUGAAUGUUAUUGCAUCUCUAAAUUAGAUUCCUAAUAUUCUUUUUGUUUUGCUUAAGUCCAUUUUUAAGUGCAGCUUCAUGUGGUUAAAGUAGAUAUAGAAUUUAUUACAUUUUGUUAUCACAAAUGUCACUCUUUAUAUUUCUCUGCGCACAAGUAGUGUUAUAAUCCCAGCCUGGAAUUUCAUCUCACUGUAUUACAUUCUAAUUUGCACAAGUGCCUAAGGCCAAACUAAGCCCAGACAAAAAAAAAACUGAGCUGCUAUUCUUGCUGUCUUCUGGUUCUGUAUUAUUAAAUGCUCAGGCCUCACCAUCAUUUAAUGGGGAGUCCACAAAAAUAAAUACAGCAAUAUCUUUGUGAAAGUCUAGAAAUUGUUGAGGUCCAAUAGGAGUAUCGAGGUAGAUUCAUCAUUAAAGUAUUACAAGUAGUUACAAAAAGUAAUUAGAAAUUCUAAUAGAAUACUAACCUUUGUAUCUAGAAGAUGACAGUGCAAGGGGGUAAAAGUUAUGCUUCAAGUAAACAAGCCCUGAUCAGACCACUGUACUGUGAGAACUCUUGGCAUCAUAACUUAGGAAAGAGAUAUUGGCCUCAGAGGGAGAUGACUUUAAAUUUGACAAAUGAUAUCUCGAUGCCAAGGUAAAAUUACAAGGAGAUAUUACAUAAUUUAAGCUUGCACUCCCUGGCAAUUUGAAGGGUAAAGGAUCGUUUUGAUUUCAGUUUUCAACAUAUUAAGGGAAAAGAUGGGGCAGAUAGACAUAAGCAAUUUCUUCUGGUGGAGUAUAGGGCUAUGGGGUAAAGUUUAAAAAAACUGGAGCCAGACUUUUCAGGAGCGAAAUUAGGAAGUGCUCCUACACACAAUGGGUGUUGUGAUUUUGGAACACUGUUCUUUUAAUGGCAUUUGAUAAUAAAAUUUUAAUAGAUUGGUUAACAAAAAAAUCUGAGGUACUAUGGGAUGUAGCACAGUGGCGUAUGUAGAGAUGAGUAGCAGAUCUGUGUCGGUGUUAUUGAUUGGUAGGACAGGCCCAAGAGGCAUGAAAGCCUAUUCAUCUGUGCUUAAGAUUGUCAGUUCCAGUUUAUGAUCUUGUACCACUUAAUUCGACAUUUUUAAUACCUCUUAUUUGUCAGUCUUCUCCUUCCCUCACUUGAAGAUUUAAAAUAAGCUUUCAUAUUUUAGCAGUCCAUUAUUUCCAACAGGAGUCCUUGCAUAGUGAUCAGGAACAGAAAGCCUGGAGUACCUCUGGAGCCUUAUCACUACUCCCAGCUUAAUUCACAAUCCAAGCGUUAACGGCCUGCUCUGCAUGCUUGGUGCAGCAGAAUUGGGUUCUUGCUGAACCAGGUGGCAAAUCCGUUACUCAGUAGAUAAGAACACACCCAAAGAAGAACUUCUGGAUGUACAGCUUGCUUAUUGGGAAGAGCAGAAUGUACUGUCAUGUCUAAACAAAUGAUGAGGUUAAAGCAUCGAAGCUUGUCAUGGAUGGCCACCUUUUCAAGACGAGUCAGUUACAAAGGUGAUGCUUCUAGUAUAUUAAACUCAACAAUUAUUUUAUACUGUUCAGUAAGUGCUUAGUUAUUUAAAGGUUUUUGUUGACCAGGCAAAAUUGGGUCUUCAUGCAUUUUGUUAUUGCUUUGCACUUGCCAAAAUGUUCCUCCCGGAGAAUCAUCAGAGUUUGCAUGUUCUCCCUGUGUCUGUGUGGGUUUCUGCUGGGUGCUCCAGUUUCCUCCCACAGUCCAGAGAUGUGCAGGUUAGUUGGAUUGGUCAUGCUAAAUUGCCCAUCGUGUCCAAGGAUGUGUAGGUUAGGUGGAUUAGCCAUGGUAAACUGCAGGGUUACAGGGAUAGGAUAGGGGGCCAAGUCUGGGUGGGAUGCUCUUUAGAGGGACGGUGCAGACUCGAUGGGCAGAACAGCCUCUUUCUGCACUCUAGUGAUUCUAUAGUGUUCAGAAAGGGAUGAGGUGUGAAUGUUAUAAUCUUAUGAUGUAAAUCUGUCAAGACAAAAAAAGACAAAAGACAAAAAUUUGUCUUUGUAUGCAUUUGUCAUGUGAACAACACCAUCACUACAGAUGGUCCCUGGAAAAUUCUCUCUCUAAAUUUGGGCAUCUAAAAAGAUUCAAUGAAAUGAACAAACUUCAGUUAACUGAGGGAGGAUGGAGCCAGUUCCAUCUCUUGUUCUAAAUGUGGUUGAGCUACAAAUUGCCCUUGCAGCCUCACUGUUCAGCAUUUUGUUUCCAGCUGUGUUUCUUGUGGCAUUCAAUAAAGUCUGACUGGAAAUUAAAGUCAGAUUCAGGACUAAUGGAAAGUUCUUCAACCAUAGAAGAUUACACACUAAAAUUAAGCUGCUAGAAGAAUGUGUUUAUUUGUUCCUAAUUUGCUGAAGACUGCUGUUGUCGCGCAUUGAUGUACAAACAGUCAUGAACUACCUUGCACCAGCUAUCCUGCAACUUGGCAUGACUAAGAGUAUUAAAAAGAUAGUGGCAUUCUUUCAGCCAUCCCCAGACAAAGAUUACACAUAUUAGUUUUCUCAGUUGAUGAUCAUAGGAUUCUAGCUUUGGACAGACUCACCUAUCUGGGUAGUGGUCUGUCUGGGGAAUCCACAUUAAUACAGAUACAUUCAGUUUAAAGUUUUAACUUCUGCCAGAGUUUAGCUUUUAAACUCGAUGAAUGCCUCUGGGACAAGAUGGAGAAUCAGCCUGUAGACCAAACCCUGCAUCCUUUGGGGAGCUGUUCUAUCGACCCUGCAUUAUGCCUGUGGAACUAGAUACUGUAUUUACACCACAUUGAGAAAUGGAUUCACUUGCAUUUCAGGUACCUGAGACAAUAAAGAUCAGAUGACAAGACAGGAUUCCUGACACCAAAGUUUUUUUUAAAAAGCGAAAACGCUGGUGUGCCAAUCAUGAAUACUUUGAUUAUGAAGGCACAGUUGUGAUGGUCAGAUCUAUGAUAUUAAUGUCUGAUGAACAAUUCCCAAAUAAGAUUUUUUUAUAGUGCAAUGCCAACAGAGAAACUAUUUUGUGGUGAUGAGCAAAAGAGAUAUAAAGAUUGUUUAAAAUAAUUCUGAAACAUUGUCAAGUUGCUGUACAUAAAUGAGAAUAAAUUGCUCAAGAAAACAAAACAUAGAGAAAAAGCACCCAGGAACAUACCUCCUGACUGAGGCCUGUGACAUUGCUGAUGCUUAAAUCCCAAAUGAAGAAAGUUUUCUUGAACAAUUGAUCUUCCCAACUUGAUGUGGCUGCAAUCCAUUGCUUUAUCUGCAGAUGCUCAUUCCAUAAUAGGUUUUGUGAAUCAACAAAGCAUUUAUAAUUUUCCAAUUUCACAUACAAAAACAUGGUUAACCUUCUCUUCUUUAGACUAUAAAUUAAUCCUUCUGUUCCCUAGAAAUCAAAUGUGAAAGUGAGAGCUUCAGCUCUUUAAAUGCCUGCAGUACCAAUUGGCAUAACAGGGCUUCCUUCUUCUAACUUCACAGAUCUGUCAAGGAGCCUAUGUUUUUCCUGUUCCAGGACCAGGAUUUUAAAGAGCUGUCUGUCACCAGCUGCCACUAUAUUAAAGGCACAGAUUUAUUAACGAUAAUGUAAAUUGACUGCACAAUGUGUAGUAGACACUCCUUAUGCAGCUCGGUGAUGGAAUUAUUUACCAACACUGCAUGUAAUGUUAGAAAAAGAUGAUUUUGUAUUUUUUUAUACAAUUCCCCCUUGUUAAGAUUUUAGUCUUGUUUGGUUUCGUGGCUAUCGGUCAGGAGGAGCAAGAACACUUAAGGAAAUAACCAGCUUAAACUGAUAUCUGUCCAUAGUGCUCACCUGACUCAAAUCCAAAGAAAUAUUGGCUUGAACCUGCCAUUUGAAACUCUUCACAAAGCAAAGGGUUUUUAUUUAUUUAAGUUCUGUUUUGUGGUGAUGACCUAAAAUGAAAUGUUGACUUUACAAGUAUGCUGCUGUCAACUUUCUGCUUAGUGUUUUCUAAAUUUGUUCUUAAUGCAUGUCCCAUUGAUUCCCUCUUAUUGUUUAGAAGUAAUGGCUUCAAAGAUGGUGCUUUUUUGUAAGUGCAUCUGUAUUGGUGUCCUGUUAUACUGUGCAGAGUGCAAGAUAUCUUGCUGAUUUUGUUGUGUUCAUAGAAUGUUUAAUUUCAAAGACAACUUGAGGGAUUUUAUGUUAUUGCAAUGUUCUGACACCAAACGUUUCCACUCUGUUUCCCCUCCACAUGCUGUCACUCACCCAUCACUGCAAACUGCAGCCUUUCCUCCCUAGUACCCAAAUACUUGCUGUGAAAUCUUGGGUGUGUUUCCUACGAUAGUCUGAGUGUAUUACAUUAGGAAAAAUAAAAAUUUGGAAACUCGCUUAAAAUGUUGCCCUUCAUCAAGUUGGCCUGAACAUAGCUAGAGGUCUAGCAAAAAAUAUAUGUGCAACAAUUUGCUCCCUCAGGUAAUUUUUCUGCAGUGAGCUCUGUUACAAUUGCCUCUUGUAAAAAAAAACAAAAAUUAAAAUAUCAUUUUAAAAAAAUAAAAUAUUAAUAGCGAUAGGAUCCUCUUGGCAUAAAAUUGUACUUUAUCGACCAAAACCUUGAUAAAUGGUGAAUCUACUAACUUAAUAUUUUCUUGCAAAUUGAAUACCUGUCCCCUGGAUAUCUCUGUGAUCUUAAAAUACUGCUAGUUGAAGGCUGAGUAUUAGGCAGCAAAAGUGCUGGAGUUUGCAUGCUGCAGUAUCCAAGGGUGGACUCUUCCCAGUCAAAAAACAUGGGAAUUUGUAAGAAAAUUGGGAGAAUCAUAUGCGAUUGGCACUGAGAAGCUUCUGGACAUUGAGACCAAAACAUUCUGUUUUCCAACUUUUGAGUGGCAAAAGGAAAUUCUUGCUAGUGUGUGACAAGAGGCCAAUUUAAAUGCAUCAGCAUGUAUUAACAUCUUAGUGUGUCAUCUUGCAUCAUUAAUAUGCUGUUCCCAUUCUCCCAACCGCUGUCUUGGUCCCAAGGCAUUGAUAUCCCAGAACAUACUCCAAGUGGACAGCAAUCAAACAGCCCUGCCCUUCUUUAGCUGAUUUCUGGUAAGGUUCAAUCCUAGGAUUAUGUAUGAUAGCAAAAAAUCGCCCCUUGUGUGCUAGUUUAGUUACCAAGUACUUAACUGGUAAAUCUUCAAACAGUAUCAAAAAAGCUUCCAUUUGCUCAAGCAGUAUUACACAACAUUUUUUGAAUUUUUUUUGUGGUCAUUUCACUAGUGCAUAGGAACUAGUUAUCUUCUGCUUACCUUUCUAGAUGUAAAUAGGAUUUUUUUUUCCAGAGAGCACUUUUUUUUUAAAGAGGAUGUGGUUUUGUACAGGCAAGUCUGAAAAGUAAUGUUUAUUGUGUCAAUUUUGCACACUUAAAGCUGUUCAUGUGCACUACACUAAUAAACUAAUGUGUGUACUGGACAGAAUUAAAUCUGUUAUCGAAUGUUUGAUAUCAAAUAUAUUUCCUACAGUGGCUGUGUAUUAAUAAAUGUAUUGUAAAAUGCUA